AAAUAAAAUACACAAAUACACCAAUUUUGUAUACUCGUUGGUUGAAACUUGAAAACUGUAACCAUGUCAAAAAGUGAUUUUAAAGUAGCUGUGAUUUGUUCAAGCAACAUGAAUCGAAGUAUGGAAGCUCAUGGUGUUUUACGUAAAAAUGGUUUUAAUGUAAAAUCAUUUGGAACGGGCGAAAAGGUGAGGUUACCUGGAAAAGCUCCAAACAAGCCAAAUGUUUAUGAUUUUGGAUGUUCUUAUGAAGAUAUUUAUAAAGAUCUGUGCAAAAAAGAUAAAGCCUUUUAUACGCGAAAUGGUUUGUUAAAUAUGUUGGAUAGAAAUCGACGGAUAAAGAAACACCCAGAAAAAUUUCAACUAAGCAAUGAACGAUUCACUGUAAUCAUUACGUGCGAAGACAGAGUAUAUGAUCAAGUAUUAGAACAUUUUACCACUGUUCUAAGUUUUGGCAAUGAGCCAGUUCAUAUAAUCAACAUUGACAUUAAAGACAAUUCUGAAGAAGCAACAAUCGGAGCAUUUGUAAUUCAUGACUUAGUUACUUGGUUGUACAGAAGUGAAGAUCUUGACCAUGAAAUUGAUCGCUUAAUUGUUCAAUAUGAGAGAAAAUGUAAAAGACAACUGAUCUACUCUAUACUUUUCUAUUAAAUAUAAAGUAAUUACAUAAAAAUUGUGAAUGUAAUUCAUUCUUUACCUAAGUAUUGUCAAUAUUUGAAUCAAUAAUUUGUUGUAUUGUCAUAUAAGUUGUAUUGUGCAAGUAGGUACAAUUUUUAUAAUAAAUUAUAAUGUAUAUUACUUUAUGCUAUAGAUAAACAAUGACUGAGUUUAGUUUAUUAAUAUUAAUUUUAAAACUGAGUGAUAAAAAGAUCAUUUUUCUACUAAUUUGUAUAGAUCUUACAAAGAUGUGUGUUUUUAUUUAUUUUUGUGUAUAUCAUCACCUCUUAAAACAGAAUAAUUUGAUUUUAAAUAUGAUGGUUGUUUCUGGUAUCAAAUUAGAUCGAGAUGAUAUUUGAGAGGGGGGGGGAUCAAAAGUAAAAAAUUACUUACUCUAUUUUAUAAAGGGAAAUAAUAUUACAAAAAAAAAAAAAAAAAUGUAAAGCGGGAAUUUUUAUGCAAAUACAAUUUUUUAUAAAAUCGA